GUGUGAAAUUUUGAAAUUCACCCACCUAUAUUUUUAUAUUUGUAAUUUAUUUUUCAUUGUUAGUCUCUCGCUAAUAGUGUGACUACACUUUAAAAUCAACCCCACUUAGUUUCCAUGGAAACCGAGCUGUCAAAAAAAAACAAGCUAGGACUACAAAUAGGGCCAGCUAGCCUAGCGUAAAUGUCACAGAUGGGACGUUUGUUUGAGGAACAGUUGCCAUUUAUUUUUUACGCGCCUUGAUCCCAAAUAUAACCGCUCUGAGAAACCAUGUCCGUUUUCCUGUCGAGGAAGACAACGCAGCUCCCAAUGCUAACAAUAGGCUCUUUAGAACUACAUUUCCCGGCAGCCUCUACGCCGGCACUUCGAUGACGUCACAAUAAGUAUAUAUGUGUCCCGUGCGGCAUUCCUUCCUCUAUUGUUACAUUGUAACAAACCGGGGCAGAAGAGAGGCCCAUAGGGUCCUCGGGCCGACAGAUACUACACAUCAUUUUUGUUUUUUUCUUUCCUUCGGGGUGGAAAUAUAACGUUGCGAUUUGUCUAAACAUAGCGCAGAACACAACCACCUAUCCGGAGGAAAAAAACCCCGAAGGCUCGGCUCUAUUUGUUCUUUUUGAAUGCAGGCAUUUUAAAGGAUCACCUAAAGAUUUUAUCUGCACUUAUUGGAUGCAUCUGCGCCGGGAUUUGUAAUUUUCAUUGAAUAAGGUCCUUGUCUGCCUUCGUCUGCCCCGUUUUAAUUUUUACAGAGCUUGACUGCAACGUUGAAUGCUCGUGUAGCCUUCUUGAUACACAAAACCCCCAUUUGUAGUCUAUGUCAAGACAAAUAUUCAUUGUUUACGAUGCUUAAAUGUUCGGGCAUCACUAUAUCUUCGUGAAUAAACUGCUAUUUCCUUAUUGGUCUGGCCAUUUCGAUGGGCUGAAGUCGCUUUUGUCUGUCAUCUUGUAACCUUGUGGAAGUCUAAAGCUGAAAUAGGUUCAAAAUCCCCAAAGAAAAGAACCAUCCAAGUAAAGGAAGCACGAAUCGAGCGACAGCUUCGCCGGUUUAAAGGCUCUAUAUUUCUGCCCAAGACCUCUUUAAAUUCCCAGCUGCUGGUUGUGGAUGGAAGUGGUGCAUGGAUGCACCUACAGAAUGGGAAUAAUGUUUGCAUUUUAAGAAAUUGCAACGUCACCUAUGCAGAGUUCGUCGAUGCUGGAAAAGAAAGACGUGAUGUUUAUGUGUCAUUUGUCUAGGAUGGGCUGUUUCAGUGCAGACCAGUCAAACAGGCUGAUGCGUAGUCAGUACUGUAAUAAGACGCAGUGUUUCCAUGGAGACAGUGUCAUCUCGUGGCCUGAAGCGCAGAUUCGAGGAGGUGGACAGCGGCUCGCAGUGUUCCACACCCAAAGAUUCGGAUGAUGACAUCUCUAGCAGUGACAGCGCUGAUAGCUGCGACAGUCUCAAUGCUCCCUCCAGCUCUCUCACACCCCCCUCCAUUCUUAGAAGACACAAAGCAUCUUUAGGUCGUAAGCAGGUACGCUUUGACGCAGUGACAGUCUAUUACUUCUCUAGAAGGCAGGGCUUCACCAGUGUGCCCAGUCAGGGUGGCAGCUCCCUGGGCAUGGCGCGCCAUCACUGUGCUAUAAGACAUUACACCCUUGGUGAGUUUGCACGAGAACAAGAGAGCAGCCACAAGCAUGUGCUGCGUCAACACCUACAGCAAGAAAAGCUCAACGCUCGCAAGUUAAAGCUGACACGGAAUGGAACUGUGGAUUGUCCCGAAGCAGAGUUGCUUACCCUGGAUGACAUAUCCGAUGAGGAUCUGGAUGUUGAGAGUGUAGAAGUGGACGAUUGCUUCUUCUUGCAGCCUCUUCCGACCAAGAGGCGUCGGGCACUACUGAGGGCCUCGGGUAUUGCCCGCAUAGAUGCCAGAGAAAAGACUGAGCUGCGUGCCAUACGUUUGUCCCGGGAGGAGUGCGGUUGUGACUGCCGCUUCUACUGUGACCCUCGGCACUGUGGCUGCAGCCAAGCUGGAAUUAAGUGCCAGGUGGAUCGGAUGUCCUUCCCAUGUGGUUGCACCCGUGACGGUUGUGGUAAUACAGCUGGUCGCAUUGAGUUCAACCCUCUUCGUGUGCGUACCCACUAUCUUCACACUAUCAUGAAACUUGACCUGGAAAAGAGAACCCUGUUGGGUGUAAGGUCUGGAGAGGAUUGUGGGGAAGAGACAGAGUUAGUCUCUUCUCCAUCUCUAUCUCUUUCUCCCUUGGACUCGGAUGUGGAGGUGGAAAGCCAAAGUGUUCAGGAGUUGCAAGAGGAGCAGUGCGACAGCCUGGAGCGUGAAAACGAAACAGCCGUGCUUCACCUACAGAGUGCGGAGGAACGGGAAAGGAGACUGGAACAAGAAGAGCAGCAGGUUGAGGAGGCGCAGACCACUGACCCAACCCUUUGCCUCCUGCAGGAUGCCCUCACCAGCCAGGCCGGAAUGGAGGGCAUGGAAGGUGUUGAGGGAGUCCUUCUAGAAGGGCCUUUUCCCGAAGGUGCCACCCUGCUGUGUAUUACAGAGAACCAUGCGGAUGAACAGACCGAGCAGAGGCUGCUCAAAGACCCUGCUUCUGUCCUCUAUUAUCAGGUAGGUCAUGUAGAGACAGCAGCCUUUGAGACGCUUCCUGCACAAGUAGAGGAAGUGGUGAGCGAAGGUGGGGAUCCAGAUACGGAGAGCGAUCGGCAAAAACAAGAAACCUGCGGGCAGGAUUCGGCCAAGAGCUUGUCUGUCGAAGUACCUCCACCUCUCAAGAAUGGGGACGAAGAACAACUUUGUCCAGAACAGGCCUCAAAUGAUGGGGAAUGCCUCGAGACAUGCCUGGCGCCGGAUGAAAAGGCAGUACAACUUCCUCCAGAAGUGUAGAGCCCAUCACCUCUGCAGAUGUUUUGCACAAGUUAGUUGUUAAAUUCAAAGAAAGCCUACUCCACACAGUGCGAUGUUACAAGACUGCAUAAUGUUAUUAAAUGUUAAAGAAACAAGUUACCUUCAUGGGUUUGUAUCCAAUUUAGCUGGAGAUAAGCAUGUACUGUGUUUGAAGUAGGUUGUCCGUGGUAAAAUAAGUUAUUAAAAAGAAAAAAAUUGAAUAAUUUAUAAAAAAAAAAAAUAAAUAAAUGAAAAAGAAACAGGAAAAGCAGAGAUCCUGAUCUGACAACAAGUGUUUGUUUUUCCAGUAUGGUAUCGGUUUAUUACUUGAUACUAGUGGGAAAAAGUGGCCUUUAUGUCGAGGAGCAAGCAUUUUCAGGAUUAUCCAGCGCCUUUGUAUGGCCUUUCCAGUUUGUAGAGUUUCCGAUACUGCACCCCAACAACUAAUUGGCACUGUCAGGAGGAUAUAUGCUAACACUAUGUUCAUGUCUUGUCAGAAUUACCACAAUUAUAAGAUGACAACUCUUAGCAGUUCAUAUACUCAGUUUAUAUGACAAUGCUCAUAACGUCAAAAUGUAUCCACGCACAGCUUUGUUACUUAUUGCAAAAAAAAGAAGGCCUUGAAUGGUUUCUAAUACUCAGAAUCCUGUAAUUAUGGUCAUUCUUUCAGGACGUGAAUGCAACAUUAGUAAUAUGCAUAUGGAUAAUGCUAACACUAAGAAAAGGGGUUGCUAAUUUUAGAAGAAGGUGUUGUUUGUAGCAUCCUUCCUGUGAAUAGAUCCAACAAUCCUGGAAAUACUUGGUUUUCAUGUACUGUACAAGUGUUUUGCAAAGAGCUAGCAUGAAGAUGAGUGAAAAAGCUGCUUGUUCUCUGUAUGCACGUUGAAAACUUGAUUCGUUUGAACUUGCUGAGAGGGGAUCAGGAGGAUGAAUGAAUGUGCAAGCCAUUUGCACAGCAGUUCUUUACUGAUUUAUCGUAGUCUUGACCUGACGCCGUUUGAAGCUGUAGCCUAUACCGUCCCAGUUCGUGGACGUUUAUUUAUUUACCACCGCUUUGUAUUGUUAGGGCGAGGACAAUGUGCGUGAGUAUUGUCAUCUACAAUCAUUUAGUUUUUUUUUUUUGGGUGUGUUUUCAUUUUUAGAAGAGCAAAUGAGAUCAUACACAUUUAUUGCACAUCAAGCCUUUAAAGAUUACAGAAGACAUUUUAUGGGUGAAUCUCAUGAAAACACGUCCAGGUCACAUUUCAAAAGAAAAAAAAAGGAAAAUGAAAUGGCAUUUUACAUAAAUUAAGUAAUAUUUGAAAAAUAUUUUUACAAUUUUACCACCAUCAAAGGCGUGUUCUUAACAUAUUUUGUGAGAUUGACCUGUAUAAGUUCAACCUUUAAAUCCAGUACUUAAAAUCCAAGGUGAUCUUAUAUGUCAUGUUGGCCUUUAUGAACUGUAUGACAAUGCAAGGAAGACUUGAGGAGAUUAAAUAUUGUAAUUUUGACUUACACAUUGGCCUUUUUAGUUUAUCUCACUAGGCCACAGUUUUAACCAGUCCUGAUAUUUAAGCAACAUUACAAGUCAACAGUGCACCUCAUUCUUAACGUCCAAACCCUCAUUUAAACCCUGUGAAGACCAUCUUUCUUGCCUCUGUAUCCUUACUGUUCUUCCCUGUUGCAUUUUUAUAGUCCAUUAUAGUCUCAUCCCUCGUUUUAGAAUAUGAAUAAUGUUGAUGAAAAGAUUACUUAGAUGCUUUGUUAAAGCUGUUUUAUUUCACUUCUGUUUAACGUUAAAAACAAAGUAAUAAUUUGAAUGGUUACAUGAAAAAAAUAGUGUCUUCAAAUAGUAUGAGUUCUGUGAUUUUGCUAAAUUAUUUAAACGUAAGGAACCCAAGAAAUUUGUCAUUUUGCAGUAUAUGUGUGUGUGUGUGUGUGUGUGAGUGAAUGUUUGCACGUGUGCCAGAAAGAUUCAUGCUGAUUUGUCAGAUGAACCAAUGUUUGGGACUGUAGUAUGGGGUCAUCAUAUUUCAAAAGGUGCUCUUAUUUUAGUUUUUACAUAUUCAUAUUAACACUAUAUGUAGAGUCUAUGUAGAGAGAGAAAAAAAAAAAGUAAAAAAUCCACAGUUGGUUGUGAAUGCAAAUGUUGCUGUUAUCUCUCUGCUUCCAAGUUUACUCACCCUUACAACACCCUUUAGUCUUGAGUAAAGGAGAUGAUUCAUUAUGUGAUUACAUUAGCUAAAAUGGAGCAUGUGAGGCUAAUCAUGAAAUUGUUAGCAUGGUUGCGCACCCUCAUAUGACUUGGCAUUUUAAAGCUCCAAGCAUUAAGUUUGAUUAAGACCUAAUCUGCAAUAAUUAAGUGUUUUGCAAAUGACCAAUCAAACAAGAAGGAUUUUGUUUUGUUUUAUACUGUUACUGUGUUUAUAAAGUGUUUUUUUUCUUACUUUAUUUUUGCCUCAUUGUAUGUUAGCAUGUCUCUUCCUCUGUUUACUGAAUAAUCUUGAUGUAUUGGCUACGUGUGUUUUAUGUCUUUUUUUGUGUUCAACACUCCAACAACAUUCCUGCACUCAAACUAGUUUUGUCUGUAGCUAGAAACUGGCGUAUCCUUAAAAAUGGUGGUCUAAGGGCCUGCUAUUGACCAAAACAUGGAAGAGAGUCAGUCUUGUUUGUAGUUCAUUAUUUUGAUGUAUGAACAUCCACAAGUCCAGUGGUCUAAAAACUAUUGACUUUAAAAGGAGGUCUGAAUGUCGCACAUGCUAAUGUACCUGUAGCUUAAACGCGAAGUAUCUUUUAGUUAAAUAUAUUUUUGAUUUCCAUGUCACCUCCUUUUUAAGUACUCAGAUUUGAGACCACUACAGUAACUGAAAACCAACUUACAUUAUGAUUGUAUGCGUUUGUUUGUGUGUGUGUGUUAGAGGCGCUUCAUUAAUAAAGCUGAAUGGAGUUGAAUUCUACACUGUAAGAGUGACUUAUGCUAACUGUUGCCUACAGAGGAGACAAAACAUACAAAGUUUUAUAUGAAAAUGUGAGUGAAAUAAAAUCUAAAAUGAAUAAAACAACUGUGUCCAUCUUCAAUGUGAGUUGCAUGAAAUUAUAUAUUAACAGUAUUCAUGAGGGAAUCAAAAUU